AAGCAAUGCAGAUCGGUGUAGCCUAGCAUACUAAAGUGUCAGGAGGUUUGCACACCUUUGGGGGGUUCUGCAUAGCUUCACGAGCGUAUUUACUGCAGUGUCUCAUAAGGAAAUUAACCUGUUACACUCCUUCUAGUUGGGGCUGUCAUUCAGUAGCGUCUAUGCUCCUUUCCCUGAUCCUUGACUUAAGGAAGGACUGCAGAAACCCACCUUCCGCUUAGGAGAAUCGGUGGUGCUUCUUUACAAGCAGGUGGUCUGUUUGCGCUUUCUUAUUCCCUUCUCCCCCCUCACUCCCCCACCUCCCGGCUGGACAACUCCCUCCUUUGGAGAACACGCCCAAGUAGCUGAAGAAGAGAGGGGAAAAAAGAAGAGAUAGAUAGUAACAUUGAACCUGAGGAGAGAUCCAGAGCUGCUGCGUGCAGAGAGCGAUCACUGCAGCCUAUACAUUCCCAGCACUAAAGUAUUACGUGUGACAGGCAUACAAAUCCGGAAUAAAAAGAAAAAGAGAGAGAGAGAGAGAGAGAGAGAGAGACAGACAGACACAGGGUGGGUGAGUGAGUGAGAGAGAGAGAGAGAGACCCAGCUGAGGGAUAUGGUGUUUGUCUCUUGGGAUUUACAAACACACACCGCCUGUUCAGAUCACAAGAGGGUUUGUCUGUUUUGUCUGCACUACCUUGACCCGGAGCUGCACUGUCUGAGGCAACGAGAAAUUAACCAGCACGAAUAGCAUUAGAGGCAUCCUUUUGCAUGGUGAUCUGAAAAACAGCAAACAAGGAAUAUGAACAGGAAAACAAGGCGUUGGAUUUUCCAUAUCUUUCUGAGCCUAGGGAUUGUAUAUAUCAAAAUUGGGGGUUUUUCCUCUGUGGUGGCUCUGGGGGCCAGCAUCAUCUGUAACAAGAUCCCGGGUUUAGCUCCUAGACAGAGGGCAAUCUGUCAGAGCAGACCCGAUGCUAUCAUAGUGAUCGGAGAAGGGUCUCAAAUGGGAAUCAACGAAUGUCAAUUUCAAUUCCGAAAUGGACGCUGGAAUUGCUCUGCCUUGGGGGAAAGGACGGUCUUUGGAAAAGAGCUGAAAGUGGGUAGCAGAGAAGCAGCUUUCACAUAUGCCAUCAUUGCUGCUGGAGUAGCACAUGCGAUCACUGCUGCCUGUACCCAGGGAAACCUAAGCGACUGUGGUUGUGAUAAAGAAAAACAGGGACAGUACCAUAAAGACGAAGGAUGGAAAUGGGGAGGCUGUUCUGCUGACAUCAGAUAUGGAAUAGGAUUCGCCAAAGUGUUUGUGGAUGCAAGGGAGAUUAAACAGAACGCAAGGACUCUCAUGAACUUGCACAACAACGAGGCGGGGCGUAAGAUUCUUGAAGAAAACAUGAAAUUAGAGUGCAAAUGCCAUGGAGUUUCAGGAUCUUGUACGACUAAGACAUGCUGGACAACCCUUCCUAAAUUCCGGGAGCUUGGCUACAUCCUUAAGGACAAAUACAAUGACGCAGUUCAGGUUGAACCGGUGAGGGCGAGUCGCAACAAGCGUCCAACCUUCCUUAAAAUAAAGAAGCCACUGUCCUACCGCAAACCCAUGGAUACAGAUUUAGUGUACAUCGAAAAAUCUCCCAACUACUGCGAAGAAGACCCUGUCACUGGCAGCGUGGGAACACAGGGCAGAAUGUGCAACAAAACAGCCCAGCAGUCCAAUGGCUGUGAUCUGAUGUGCUGUGGUCGAGGUUACAAUACUCACCAGUACUCACGCGUGUGGCAGUGCAACUGCAAAUUUCACUGGUGCUGCUACGUAAAGUGUAAUACGUGCAGCGAAAGAACAGAAGUGCACACCUGCAAAUAGCCGCGUGGCUGGGGAAGGUGACGCCGGAUCCUUAGGCAUGAAUACAUUUGCACAUGAGCUCAACAGAACUACUCAAGCCUGUAGCAAAGGCCCCGCUUCCUUCCAGAAGAAAAGCUAAUGAACGGAGCUGUCUUUUCCUUUCAUGUUUCAGUACCUAGGUGGCUACACAUUAAAGGCUUGUAUAAAUUAUCCCCCAAACCAAACCAAAACAGAAAAACAAGCCACCCUGACGCACAAAACCGAGGAAAAAAAAAUCACCUCAGCUACUCUGCACUUCCAAAGCUUAAUGCAGGGGCUGCCUUAUGAAAAGAACAUCCAGUCAAGUGAAAAAAAUCUGAGAGCUUGGCAACUGACUCUUUCGGUUUGGAAAAAGAUGAUUAAAUACACAAGCUACUGUGCAUAAGGGAUGGGUUGGGUGGGGGAAACAAAACAAAACUUUAAAAUGGUCUUUGCACAGGAUGGGGGUGACAAUGCCCCAGUGUGAAUUCCUACUUAAGUGUGGAUUAUGCAGAUUUAGGUUUCUACACUUGUGAAAAGCUUCUGCUGGUCUUGCCUGUCUUUCCAUUUCACACAAUUUGCUACAGCAAGUAGAACUGUUGAAGUUUUCCAUAGACACUGGUUUAUCUGCCUUUCUUUUUUUGUGCUGCAGAUUUUAGCACAGGGAUUUGGGACAUCUGGGCAUAAUAAUAGCAAUAUUUAACAAUUUAUUCAGAUAAAACUAAUAUUAAUUUAUUUAAAUAAAAAAGAACUCUACAACAUUUUUGGAACUAUUCUGCAAUUAAAGUAGAUAGCUUGCUUUCUUUGUGGAAUAAUUAUUUUGUAGAUACGGCAAGGAAAAAACUGAAGCUGUAUAUAUUAUUCUUUACUUGGAUAUUUCUACUAGUUGGAUUUGCAGGAUAUUUUCUGCAGUACUAGAUGUUUAAGUACAAAAGCAGGCAUCUUUUAUAAUUUUUUUCUGUUUGCUGCUAGUUGUCUGGAAAAAUCAAACUGGUAGUGAUUAUAAUCUCUUUACAAUACACUUUUUUUUUUCCAAUUAAAGAGGAGCAUUAUGAAAAUCCAGUUUGGAAUACAUCAAAAAUAAAUAUGAAACUCCAGACAAACUUCCAUCUUUGGAAAAUGAACCAUAGGAUAAGAGUAUAUUUUGUAAGAGACUAUUUUUAUAUGAAUAUUUUAUUUAUACUAUGUCUGCUUGUAUAAUUCUAUAACCUGUACUUUUUCCUCAAAACAGGCAUAUAAUUUGUAACUCUUAGGCUAUUUAACAGAUAAAGGCUGAUUAGUUUGUGGACACAACAGCAGCAAGCAGGAUACAUUUAGCUGCAAUUGGUAGAUGUGUCAAAAUGCAGAAUGAACUUUCUCUCCGGAUGUGUGUACAAACUGGCUCUUUUCCUGCAGUUCAAUUUGCAGAAUAUGCAAAACAAGAACAGGGUAUGUAGCAUCAAUUUUGUCACAUGGCUUGAAUUCAUGAUUGGUAUUAACUGGAUGCUCAUUUAUCCCAUUCAGAAAAAAAAUCUGAAUUAGCUUCCCACAUGCGUCAGUCAUUAAACUGUGGUGUUAUGACUAGCAAAUGUGCUGUGUGUGCUGUCAGUUAAACCUCUAUAUUGUGUUACUGUCAAAUUUGAUUUUAUCAGUGGAAGACUAUAGACUAUGACUGUAAAAACUAGCAUGACACACAUCGCCUGAUUCUCAUAGAUAAGAUACAAAGCUUACAGUUUUUGUUCAACUGGUUUUGGCAUUUGCCUUAUUCUUUCUCUCCAAAAAGUUCUGAGUCAAAAAACUCAAACCACAUUUAGGCAAACAUUAAACAAUCUAUUUCUCCAAAGUCCCAUUAAGUCCUCCUUGUGCUUUCUUUUGAUAUUUCCUUUCUCAUCUGGGAAACUAGAAGUGAUGUGGGUGAGUAAAUAAAUAUUCCCACUCUGGCUGGAAUCUUUUUGCUUGCUUCUCCUGCCUGAAUCAUUUAAAGCCUGACCCACAGUUCUAAUUUCAAUGGUGGUUUUGCGUGAGUAAGGAAUACAGGACUGUGCUCUUAUUGAUAUCACAUGUUCCAAUGUUUGGGACAUAUGACAAACACUUCCACCGUUGAGAAAUGUGAGAUCACUCAGUCAAAAAGGUCGAGACAACUGACAACAAGGGAAACAAACAACUUAUCUAGGAGGCUGUGCUCUCCAAUGACUCCCAUUGAUAUUAAUAGGUAUUAGAACAAAUAGAUAACAAGCAAAUUAGUAAUGGGUCUGAUCCAUUGAUUUUUGUAGGCGUUUGCCUGUACUAGGACUGCAAGUUUGGGACCACUUGAGAAAGGAAAUGAUGGAAGUAGUACAAUAUAAUUUUACAGGAUUUGGGUAAUAUAAUGUAUUUUCAGAAUUGCCCUGAAUGCAGACUAUUGUUUACAUAUACACACACACAAAAUACCUGCUCCUUACAAUGUACAAUUAAGAUUAAGGAUAUAGUGUUUCUUUGCAGAUCUGCCAUUUACCAUGUUACAGCAACUCAGACACCAAUAUAUGAGAUAUCAAAGUAGAAGUCGGAUAAGGUUAACACAGUUUACUUUCAACCUUAUGACUUGUCAACAUGACACAAGUUAAAAGUAGUAUUUUUUUUAUAAUGGAGCUUAUAUUUUUUCAGGAUUCUAAAUUUUGUGUAUUAAAGAUUGAAAAUGGGACCUAAAAUUCAAGAAUAUACAUACAAUAUGGAGAUUAAUUAGUUAUAUACAUGGUUUAAUAAUGCAGAUCUCUGAUAUAGUUAAUCAUGGGGCAAUUUUUUUUUAGAGUAUGCAUUGGCUUUCAUUAAGUAGAUACACAACACAGUCAACAGUUUGUUGUUCUUCACUGAUUACAGUAAUCUAACAAAGUGUUAUUUUUGCAGUAUGUUUUUACCAUAGGAAAAGCAUUCUGUAAAACUGCUGCUUUCUGUAUAUUUCGAUACAUUGGUGAUGCACAGCGUACAACUAGCACAUUAACUCUUAAAAGACAGAUUUCUUUAAAGAAUUUUAAUCACAAUAAUAAAGAACUGGAUGGAUAUACAAAGAAAAUCUAUUCAUUUUUAUUGCAGAACUAGAAAAGAGAUUGAUUAGCUUACCAAUUCUUAAAUGUUUUGCAGUGGAAAUAUUCUCAUUUGUGAAAUCAGUUUAACAUUUACAUAAGAAACAACACUGGCCCUGACAUUGUUCCUAUAUUUGCAGUUUUCUGGUGGUCCAAAUAUUAGGAAGGGUGUCUUUCAUCUGUUUUGAAGUUGAAUUUCAAGUUAGGAAUACUGCAUUUGACAAGUAGCCCUACAAGUUCAGAAAUGAGGAAAAUGUAGAGCUGCAGUCUACUAGAAAGUGUCUGAAAGUUUGGCUACAUCUUACCAGAUAAGAGAAAGUUGGCUCAUCUGAGUCAGCCAUGAGUCCGGAGUUAAUUAGCCAUUCCCUAAAUUUGACUGAAUGGCAUGAAGAAUAAAUAGGCGAAAGAAAGAUUUAUGAUUUUGUAGAUAUUUUUUCCCCAAACAGUUUGUUCUUUGUCCUCAGGGAAUAGAAGAGCUCUGUUUGUACUUGGUAAAUAACCACACAAUGGGAAUGAAAUGCAUACAACUGCAGAGGAAGACAGCCUUCAAUAGAAAAAUUCAUCUUUUCAUUUCUACUAAAUGAGUGGAGUGCUGGAUUGAUGUUCACGUAAAUAACCUGGGUAAUGUUCAGAAAGUGAACAUGUUCAAUAUUGUAAAAACAGUAAGAAAGUUAAGAAAAACAUUUGAACAAGGAUAAUUAUGAGUUUGGAAAUUUUAAAAACCUUACUUGACUUAUACUCUUUUUUUUCCACAUUGGAAUUCCAUUUUGUAAAACUGAAAAUAAAUUACAAGUGGAAUUCUAAAGAAAAUUAAAAAGGAUUCCAUUAAUCUAUUUCACUUCAUGGCCCUAAUUUUUUUUUAAGUUGACAACUAUCUUGAUCACAGUUAGCUUGCAUACUUGGAAAAGUACUUGCAUAAAACAAGAAUCCAUCAAUGACCUAAAGUUUUCUUUGCCAUGUUUGCACAAAACUAAUGGAGACGUAUCUUUCAACAGUGAUAAUUAAACUGAAAACCUCCCUAAAAUGUAAAGUUAAUUGGCUCAUUUGGUAAAUGGCAAGGUUAUUCUGAGGUUGCACAGUUAACUUGAGACAAGGAAAGAUACAUAUGAACCAUCUCAUGAGUACAGGAUUUAAUAGUAUAUUUCAGAGAUUAUAAAACUGUUUAAGCAAAACUCAGUUUUAAAAGCCCAUUUGUAUGGUUAAAUUUGGAAAUGGGGCAGGCUUCGGUUGCCCAAAUGAAAAUUCAGUAUAAAUACUUCAGAUAACAUUUGUACAUUUAAAUAAUAGACAUUUGGAAAGACCACAAUGGACACCCAAGUUGGUAUGCUGACACAGCAGCACACACACACCUAUAAAAUAAGAUUAGUUGCACACAAGUCCCCCUAAUCUAUUGUUGCUAGGACUAUUCUGCGGAGUGUAUGCAUAUGAACCUGCCAGAACUGGGGUAGCAAGUUCUGCCAUGUGCUUCUGCUGCCAAUAACAAAGUUUUCCAGCAUAUGCACUUACAUGUAGUGCAAACUACAACAUAGCUUGCAGUAUUUAACAUAGUGGGUUUUAUCAUGCAUCAUGCCGUACUGGCAGUGGCCUAUAGAAUUCUCCUAAAUUCUAAAACACUCAACUGAGUAAUGUUGUGUGCAACUUUCAGAAUAUGAUGCCUCCCAACUGGUUAACAAGGGAUGUUUUCCUCCAGGAAAACAUUAAUUCGGAGUGUGUGGGAGUUCUUCUUAAAGGCAUAUUUUCUAACACUGAACAAAAAUUCAGAGAAUUCUAACUUUGGGAACAAAUGUUAAUGAUAUAUUGUAAGUUAAUCAACGAAGAGGUACAACUGGAGUUAAGGUACUCCUUGUUUGAAGUAAAGGUGCCAGAAUCACUCAGCAAUUCUCUCACUCUUACCAUUCCAGAUACAUUUUUAAACCAUUGAGACUAUUUCUGAUCAUGCUUUUGGAGUUAUGUGAAAGCACCAGUUAUUUCUUGUGUAUUCCUGGAUUUGAUCUACAGCAAAACAUUGAAUAGAGGGGGGCUGUGUGAGAGAGCGAUCUCCCUAAUU